AUGUUGGAACUCCGUCUUGUGCAAGGUUCCCUUCUGAAAAAGGUUCUGGAAUCCAUCAAGGAGCUUGUAAACGAUGCCAACUUCGAUUGCUCCUCCACUGGCUUCUCCCUCCAGGCCAUGGACUCCAGCCACGUCGCGCUUGUCGCGCUCCUCCUCCGCUCCGAGGGCUUCGAGCAUUACCGCUGCGACCGCAACAUGUCCAUGGGCAUGAACCUCAAUAACAUGGCUAAAAUGCUGAAAUGCGCUGGAAAUGAUGAUAUCAUCACCAUCAAAGCCGAUGAUGGCGGCGAUACCGUCACUUUUAUGUUCGAAAGUCCUACGCAAGACAAGAUAUCUGAUUUUGAGAUGAAGCUGAUGGAUAUUGAUAGCGAGCAUCUUGGAAUACCGGAGGCAGAGUAUCAUGCCAUUGUUAAGAUGCCAUCUUCUGAGUUUGCUAGGAUCUGCAGGGAUCUCAGUAGCAUUGGUGACACUGUUGUCAUUUCUGUUACCAAGGAGGGUGUGAAGUUUUCCACCAGAGGAGAUAUUGGAAGUGCAAAUAUAGUCUGCAGGCAGAAUACUUCUGUGGACAAGCCUGAAGAAUCUACUGUGAUUGAUAUGAACGAGCCUGUGUCUUUGACAUUUGCGUUGCGUUACAUGAACUCUUUCACAAAGGCAACGCCCUUGUCCAAUACAGUCUCCAUUAGUCUGUCAAAUGAGCUACCAGUUGUGGUUGAAUACAAGAUUGCAGAGAUGGGUUACGUGCGGUUCUAUUUGGCACCCAAGAUUGAAGAGGAAGAAGAAGAUACCAAACCUUAA